AUGAACCACGCAGCAUGCAUCUCUCGUAGUUAUCACCAGAGUUCUCUUUCGUUCUUUCAUGUGUUUCAGUCUGCCGCUUCUCGUGCUUGGUGUCGCACUGUUUCUUCUGCAGCUCCUCGAGAUAAGCCGGGAUUGUGCCCGUCAGAUCGCAGUUUGAGAAAGCAAAUACAGCCUGCUCAGUACAUAUCUCUAUUGCCACAGCAAGAUAGGUAUGCGUCGAGGAGCAGCAACCACACGCCACAGUGUUAUCUUUCUCAGCCGGAGAGUCGAAGAGAACUUUAUCGCGGACUUGUAGAGCUGCACUCCUCUCGUCGGAUUAAUCUCCCAAAACUCAUCGACUAUCAUGACCGUUACGCGCCUUUCAGAUCCACGCGUUCAUUCAACUUUCUGAUCUCAUUGGCCCUGCGGCACGUCUCGUUUGGUACCGUCCGGUGGUUGUUUCGGGCAAUGGAAUCAGCCAAUAUAGAACACAACCUCGAAACUCGGAAACUCCUCAUCCGGUGGUAUGUAGCUAUAGGGUUGUGGGAUCGAGCGUGGCGGGAGCUAAAGCAGAUAGAAACGCCUGGUCGUGUGCCGGAGGCGUUGUGGUUAGAGUUUUUCAAAGGGUUACGGAGGGGGGUUGGAUUCAAGAGGCUGAUUCAUCCGACGGAACGCAGUAGAACGCAAGACUAUCAUCCCGUUUUACUUUAUGCGCGACGGUUUGUCCUUCUGAUGGAGAGCCAACCGGUGCUUCGAGAGUCGACACGUCCAAAAGUGGUACACUUUGUGGUGCAUGCUUUACUCCAGAUGAGGCAGCGAAAGGACGCGUUAUCGUUGACGCGACGAUACUUGGAUUGCGUCUCUCGUGAACCGUCGAUGUUGAGAGACAGACCGAUGAACCUGGUGCACCUUUUCGUGGCCUUUGGGUCGUCGCAAAGAGGGCUGCGGAGAUUCCAUGAGGCGCGACAACUACUGAUGUCGUUCUUGUUGACGUAUCCAUUCCUUGUACCGACGCCGACGACACUUUUUCUACUGCUCGGAAACUUGAGGAGAGCUAGGAAAUGCGGAACGGUUGGGAUGGAAUGUUUCGUUUUCUUCAAACGGAAGUGGGGGAAGAGAGUGGAUGACGAGAGGGUGCGGCGUCGCCUUGGGUCGUUGGCUGUCAAGGAAGGAAGGAAGGAGAUUGUUGAAAGCCUGUUGGGGACGACGGAAGUGACUAAAGGACAGGGCAAAGAGAGAAAGCUGUGGAAACAGAUGUUGAGGCGAUUGACUCGCCGUUUGUUUGGAUGA